GCCGACCGCUUUUGAGUAUCUUUCGAAGACUCGAAUGCUCACUGUCCUCUUUUGCCUUCUGUUCCCAUCCAUCCACUCAUGAUUCAAUUCUGCCAAAUAUAUUUAUCCAUCCUUUCCUUUUCUAGUCUACGGAAAAACCCUUCUGCUAUUUUCCGGGUAUAAACCAGUACCAGUUUUUUCUGAUCAAACUGGAGAUAGAUAUACGUGUACAUUGCGUACACAUGAAGCGAGGUUAUCAAGAAUCUUCAUCCUCGGGUUCUUUUGGACCUCCUCAAUCCAAGUUCAAGUACAACCCAGAAGGUGAUGCCCAGUUCUUGGAGGAUGACAGUACUAAGAUGUUUGCUAGGAAAGUGGCUGAUCACUACAGUUCAAGAACGAAUCAGACGCUCGAGGAGCGGGAAGCAAGCCCUAUUAUUCACUUGAAGAAGCUUAAUAACUGGAUAAAGAGCGUCUUAAUUCAGUUAUACACAAAAAAGGGUGAUGCGGUUCUUGACCUGGCUUGUGGAAAGGGUGGUGAUCUUAUCAAAUGGGACAAAGCAAAGAUUGGCUAUUAUGUUGGUAUUGACAUAGCAGAUGGCUCGAUAGAAGACUGCCGCACACGAUAUAAUGGUGAUGCUGAUCAUCAUCAGCGUCGCAAAAAAUUCUCCUUUCCUGCCAGACUCAUCUGUGGAGACUGCUUUGAGGUUCGCCUUGAUAAGGUUUUGGCAGAUGAUGCUCCAUUUGAUGUUUGUAGCUGUCAGUUUGCCAUGCAUUACUCAUGGUCCACUGAGGCGCGUGCAAGACGGGCCCUGGCCAAUGUAUCGGCUUUACUUCGGCCAGGAGGCAUCUUUAUUGGAACAAUGCCAGAUGGCAAUGUCAUCGUCAAAAAGCUUAGAGAAGUUGACGGGAUGACUUUUGGUAAUAGUGUGUACUGGAUACGUUUUGAUGAAGAAUUCGAAAACAAGAAAUUUAAGUCCUCAAAUCCUUUUGGCAUCAAGUACAAGUUCCAUCUAGAGGAUGCUGUUGAUUGUCCUGAAUGGAUUGUCCCAUUUCACGUCUUCAAAUCAAUGGCUGAAGAGUAUGAUUUGGAGUUGAUUUUCGCCAAAAACGCGCAUGUAUUUGUGGAUGAAUACUUGAAGAAGCCAGAAUUCAUUGAGCUCAUGCGGAGACUUGGUGCUUUGGGUGAUGGUAAAGACGACCAAAGUACACUAUCACCAGAUGAGUGGGACGCAGCAUACCUAUAUUUGGCCUUCGUCUUAAGAAAGAGAGGGCAACCAGAUCAAACCCAGGUGAGCAUUAGACGGGAUAAAGGUAAGAUGCAUCUAUUGAAGGAAGAUAUCAUGUACAUCAGCGGCCAAGUAUAGACAAGAUUCAAUAGCCACCCAUCCUGAUUGGACAAAUACACAACAACUUUGGAUAGGGAGGAAAGUAGGAAAUGUUUGACUUCUCCUGACCAUUAAGUGCCAGAAUCAUAGGGGGCCAAUCAGUCGGGUAGAGAACUGAGUGAAGUACUUGCUGCUGCUUAGUUCAAAGCCGACUGUGCUGUUGGCCUAAUAGUUUUUGCUACAUGCAUUUCCAAUGUAACCAGAUAUGCCUACUCGCAACUUCUUAAUAGUUUUUGCUAGUAGCAUGGUUGGCCUAAUAGAUUGAUCUUAUAAGAGCUUCA